GCGUGAAAAUGAACUGAAGCUGCCUCAUGAUUGGCUGUGCUACCUGGCUCCCGAGAUUGUGCGCGAGAUGGCUCCCGGGAAAGGUGAAGAUAAGCUGCCCUUCUCCAAAGCUGCGGAUGUCUACGCUUUUGGGACCGUGUGGUAUGAGCUCCAGGCCAGAGAGUGGCCCUUUCAGAGUCAGCCAGCGGAGGCCUUGAUUUGGCAGAUCGGAAGUGGUGAAGGAAUGAAGCACGUCCUGCAAACGAGUAGCCUGGGGAAAGAAGUUGGGGAAAUCCUCUCGGCAUGUUGGGCUUUUGAUGUGGAUGAGCGGCCCAGCUUCACCCUCUUGAUGGAAAUGCUUGAAAAAUUGCCAAAGCUUAACCGGAGGCUCUCUCACCCGGGACACUUCUGGAAAUCAGCUGA